GUCGGAUUGGAUGGGUGCGCAUGCGCGGUAGCUGACUCUGGCGCGUGGGGUUCCCAAACUGGAAAGUUUCAUUCAGGUGGUCUGUGAGUUUGUGGUUCAUUCAGCUGUGUCUGAAUUUGUGGUUGAAGAUGAGAAAAGGCACAUCCAUCGUAUUAAAUAUUCAUUGUUGCUGUUAUGUGCCUUCAAGUCAGUUACGACUUAUGGAGACCCUAUGAAUCAGCGACCUCCAAGAACAUCUGUCAUGAACCACCCUGUUCAGAUCUUGUAAAUUCAGACAAUCCAAGAAACAUUAUGAUAGUGAGCACAACGUCGCUGUGUUUCAGAAAUAAGAUCAUAUUGGCCCCCAUGGUGCGAGUUGGGACCCUACCAAUGCGGCUUCUGGCGUUGGAUUAUGGUGCUGACAUUGUAUACUGUGAGGAGCUGAUUGACAUAAAGAUGCUUCAGUGCAAGAGAAUUGUAAAUGAUGUGCUUGGAACAGUGGACUUUGUUGCUCCCAAUGACAGAGUUGUGUUCAGGACCUGUGAACGCGAAAAGGACUGUGUUGUCUUUCAAAUGGGAACAGCAGAUGCUGAGAGAGCCUUGGCAGUAGCCAAACUUCUAGAGAAUGAUGUUGCUGGCAUUGAUGUCAACAUGGGAUGCCCCAAAGAAUAUUCCACUAAGGGAGGGAUGGGAGCAGCACUCCUGUCUGAUCCUGACAAAAUAGAAAUGAUUCUGACUACUCUCGUUAAAGGCAUCUGUAAGCCAGUGACUUGCAAAAUCCGAAUCCUGCCAUCAAAAGAAGAAACAAUACGUUUAGUGAAGAAGAUAGAACGGACUGGAGUUGCUGCAAUUGCAGUUCAUGGAAGGAAGAAAGAAGAGAGGCCUCAGCAUCCUGUCCAAUGUGAUGUGAUCAAAGCCAUCUCUGAAGCAGUCUCUAUACCGGUAAUAGCCAAUGGAGGCUCACAUGACUUCAUUAAAGAAUAUUCUGACAUAAAGGCCUUCCAGCACGCAACAGCAGGAUCCUCCGUCAUGGUCGCUCGUGCUGCCAUGUGGAACCCCUCUAUCUUCAGGAAGGAAGGUCCAUGGCCCUUGAAGGAUGUCAUGCAGGAAUAUAUCAAAUAUGCAGUGAGAUACGAUAACCACUACACCAACACCAAGUACUGUUUGUGCCAGAUGUUAAGGGAACAGUUGGAGAACGCCCAAGGGAAGAAGCUGCACGCUGCCCAGUCCAUGCAGGAGAUCUGCGAAGCCUUUGAGAUGAGCCGUUUCUACCAAGAAACAUCCACUCUUCUGGAGGCCAAAAACGUGUCAUUAGAAGCCAAGGGCCGAGAUGAAGAGGACCAAACUGAAGAUGCAGAUGUCAUAAAAAUGGCAGUCCGAUUUGAUAAACGAGACUAUCCCCCACAGAUUACACCCAAAAUGUGUCUCUUGGAAUGGUGUAGGAAAGAAAAGCUCCCUCAGCCUGUUUAUGAAACUAUUGAAAGACCGCUGGAUAGACUCUUCUCUUCUGUUGUCACAGUAGCAGAACAAAAGUACAGAUCAACUUUAUGGGAAAAGUCAAAGAAAUUAGCAGAACAAGCUGCAGCUAUUGCCUGUUUAAGGACCCUUGGCCUCCCAGAGGGGAAACGGAAUGAAGAAGCAAAUCACUUGGUUAACAAACGCAAGAGGCAACACCAGGAACCCUUGGACAAUGGAGAACACAGAAAGAACCUUGCAGCAGAAGCUGCUUGUAAGAAACCUCAUUUUCCUCCAGGAGCAUCUAAUGCCAAUGUUUCAUAAGUGCCACAAUAGUGCAAAAGCAACCAUUGCUCAGCUGUGCAGCUAUCGAUUCCCCCCUGCCCCCCGCACCCUUAAUUUUUUCUGGAUGCAGUCAGCUGGAACAGGUAAAUGUGGCUUUUGCAUCACGUCAUGUAUGAUAGCGUUGGCUCUGUUCUACUCUUCUUUUGGUGCCUUUCAGUUUCGACAAAUAUGCAACUUGCCGUUUCAUUGAGAAAAGAUUGGCUCAGUACUGAAUUCCCUUUUACAGGAAAUGUAUGUGAAUGCGGGCCAGUGGCGAGGGGAAAAGGUUAAUGUGUAUGUUUAAACAGUCCUGCAACGUUCUGGUUGGAAAUUCCUCAUCUUAACUCAGCAGUCUGUAGACAUAACACUUGACAGCUUGCCAGGGGUUCCCUCUUUGGGAAGAGCACAGGGACCCAACUGAGCUCAAGCACAGCAACCCAAAUGGCAGAGAGGUUUCAAAACUAUCUAUUUCAUGUCAGAUGUUUGGCUGCCAACUGGUGAUAAUCUUAAUGCAGAUUUGUAGCCAAGGAGGGAGGGUGGCCAGAGUUGAAGCAGAAGCUGCAGUACAGUUUUCCUUACAUUUUACAGCAGGGUUAACCAACAUGGUGCCCUCUGGAUGUGGUUGGACUACAACUCAGCCCUGCCAGCAUGGCCAUGGAUGUUGGGAGCUCUAACAUCUGGAGGGCACCGUGUUGGCUGCCCCUGUUUUCCAGAAUGUAUCUUUUUUUAAAAAAAAAAAUGAUGCUUUGGAUCUUCAUUUUUAAAAAAAAUUGUACCUCUCAUUAUUGGUCUGUCUUCUCCAAAUGUCAAUAAAAAUAUAUCUCAUCUCCUAAACAAUUAUUUUAGUUUGCUCUGCCUUGGCACUUUCUUAUGUUUAUAUCAUAUUCUGGUCCAAAGUGGGGGACAAAAGGCAUCAUCUGAAUCCAUUUUAUUCAGAUGAUCGCCUUGCAUUUUUUUAAUAGAAUAUUUCUAUACCAGAAACUUUCCCAUCAUUAUCAAGAAACUUAGGAUGGAGCUUUGCAGGAGCUGGCACAGUUCCAGAUUGCUCCCACAGCGUUCUGUGGGGCAGAACAAAUGAGAUACCUUCUGGGUCACAGUUAUGGCAUGGAGGCAGGGAAGCCUGAAUGGCACAGAGAGCCUCCAGUGGAUGAAAGCUGGGUCACCCAGUAUCAAGGAUGAAGGGACACAAUGAUGCCCUCAAGCGGAACUGAAAGUGCUGUUUUACUUGGGGCUGGCUUGCAGGCCUCCCACAGCCAUCUGCUUGGCCACUGGGAAAACAGGAUGCUGGACUAGAUGGGCAUUUGGCCUGAUUCAGCCGGGCUCUUAUUAUGUUCCGGUAUAAUGCUUUACUCCCCCCCCCCUCCAUAUAAAUGAAUGACAGCCAUUCAUUUACAUGGGAGACAGGACAGGAUUGUGCUUGGGGACCUGACUAGGUGGUGAUUCCCUGUGUCUGGGGCAGUCCCCUGCCACCGGCUGUGUCUCAGACGACAUCCCAUUUCUUUGGUCUCCUAGAACUUUUGUGGGAGCCAUUUAGAACUGAGAGAGAUUUCCUUCAAUGUUCUGCUUUUAUUGGGUUUUUUACAGAAGUGUUGCGUCUUGUUGGUACCUAGAAAGACAGUUUAGUCCUUGUCAACUAAACCAACUGUAGUGUAUUCAGGGUGUGUGUGAGUUGUUGUACUCCUUGUAAACAGCAGAGGGCAGCGUGUACCACAGGUCCAUGGCCCAGCUGCGUGCUACUAGAGUAGUGAACCAAGAGCAGCGGAGGCCACUUUCUGGAUGAGCCUGUACCCAAGUUACUUCUGCUUCUACUUCAACAUGGCUACUGGUCUUUCUGUCACGCUCACAACAGCUGUCACACUUCAGCUUGCCAGCAAACAGAAGUCCAGCGCAGCAAAAACAUCAAUGAUCUCCUUCUGAUUCAUGCGUGAAAACUUGGUCAGCGCCAAAUAUGCGCAAUUGAUUUAAUCUGAGCAUUGAUUUUGAGAGACUGGGAGUUUCUGGGCACCGAAUUUGUAUUGUUGGUGUGCGUGUGCAGUUUCAGGAAGGACUCCCUUUGAAUGUUACCAUCUGUUACCUGGUUUGGCCAGCAAAGGUCCAAAGAGAGAUGUUCCCAGCACUCCCCUCCCCUCACCACACACACGAUUAUGGACUGCCGUCCCACCAAAGUCUAUGCUUUAAGCACCUUUCGAAAGCAUUGUAAGGCCCCCUACCUGUUUGGUCUCGCCGUUAGAGACCUGGGGACUAACUGCGGCGUUCCAGACUUCUCCAGCCCUUGGCGCUCUUCCCAGGCCACCCGCCUCGUUGGCCUUCCUUUUCACCCCUCUUGAGUGUUUUUGCCUGGCGAGAAAGUAUCGCCGAACACCGAUGAUGCGUCUUGCUUGCCUAAAUGGAGGAAAGAGGUUUGCAUCAGUUUGUGUGUGCAGAAACCAGCCUAAUGUGCAAAGAUAAAAUUUGCAUUUGUUGCCUUGCCCACUUUUGCCUUUGGCCCCACUCACCCCUGGCAUGUGGCCCCCGGAAGGGGGUGUGGCCCUCAGGUUGAAAAAGGUUCCCCAUCCUUGCAUUAGAGCUCAGGAUUGCCCAGAAAUGGUGUGGAAGCUACAUCUCAGUCCAUUCUGCUUUUCUGUUUUUUUUACUGCCCCAGCCCCUGAGAUGGCAUAGGCUGCAAAUCUAAACAAGUAAACAAAGGGGAACCAGACAAGCUCCUCUGAAACGAAUGCCCUCUCAAAGAUCUCUGGGCAGGUGAUGCUGCCAUCCCUCCCGUGCCCACCUCUGCACAUCCUGUCUGUUUGAAAUGCACGUCUGAAGAGCUCAUACGUGCCCUCUGGCCUUAGAUACUCCUGCAUUGGGGACUCCCUUCUCCGGAGGAAAUGUCAGUGGAACGAUUUUUGGAAUGUCCCAGGCUUCACGCCAAGCCCUGCCCUGGAAUGUCGGGCCAAGUGCUGUAGGGAUAGCGAAACUCCCAGCCCUCCCCAGUGUGGCAGUUUCAGAAUACCGGCAAAGGCAGCCACAUGGCAGCUCAGCUGCUCUCCGCUUCAGCCUUCAAAAAUGCUUGGGUGGUUUUUCUUCCUUUUUCUUUUUUUAACUUACCCACUGUGACCUGCAGCGCAAGCACGGCUUUGCGAAGGCUUUCAGUGGGCCUGCCGUGUGAUGAAGAGACAGGUGCUAGCUUGUUAAAGGAGUUCUCAUUCACAAAAGAGUUUUGUCACCAGUUGUGACUACCAAAAGUCACAAUGGGAAAACAGGUGGCCGGGAUGGUUAACUGGAACACACGGCAGCCCAGUUAUCACAGCCAAAAGGACCUUGUUUGAGUUAGUGGCUGUUAUCUGGCUGGGACUAGCUCCUGACCUGCUCAAAGCACAACUUCUGUGAGCUUGGUAUUUCUUACUUACCCACCCACCCCCAUGAAGGCUGAAUGCAGAGAAGCAGUGAGCUCUUACGGCAAAGUCCACUUGAAGGGCUUCUAUCUAUGCAGCUUGAGAAGGCAAGCUUGAACUUUUGUCAGUUUCAAACCAAGUGGAUUGCUUCUAGUUCUCAAGAUUCCCACCUCUUUGUUUUGACUGUUAGGCUUCUUGCCCACCUUUUACCAGAACCUAGGGUGCGUUACAAUAAUAAAAUAUACAAUUAUAAAAACUAAAACCAUUCCAACCAUAAAACAAGAAAAGCAAUGAAACAAAUGAAAAUAAUUCCAAACAUAAAAGCAACACAAGCAUUUAAAAACAAUUCCAUAUAUAGCUAAAAAAUACAAUACUUAAAAACUAGUUACAUUUGAACACACUGUACAAAAAAGUCUAAGGAAUGUUGAUUAUUCAACAGGGUAUACAAUUAGGGCAGUUUCCACCUAAGCAGUUCCACUAGCGCAAGGAAUUUUUAGCUGUACAAUGGGACUUCCCUGCCCUCUUCUCCCCCUGCACCCCUUGUAAAUCUGCUUCCGAGGGUUGGGGGAAACCCCAGAACAGAUUUAGAGGGUGCGCAGGGAGAGGAGGGGGAAGUUCCAUUGUGCAGCUAAAAAUUCCCUGCACUAGUGGGAUACUGUCCUUAAUGUUUAAGAGAACUACCGCCAAGUUCUGGGAGGUGGGGGUGGUACCAAACCCAAUGAUGUACUGAACAUGUAACUUUCAAGUUUAUGAAACAAAUUUUAUAGCUACAGAAACUUAAAAAUAAGCCGCUUGAUGGGUCAGUGGUAUCUCAACCCUUACUGUUGCCUCCUCACAGUUUGGGACUGUGGACCAACGAAAACUAAUAUUGUUGAUCUUUUGCCCUUGAUAUGAGUAUAAAAAAGGCUUCUUUAAAAACAAUUAGUUUACUAGAUUUACAGUAUAUCUCACCUUUCCUCCAAGGAGCUCAAGGCAUUGUACAUGGUUCUCCUUCCUCUCUGUUUUAUCCUCACAACAACCCUGUGAGGUUAGGUUAGAUUGGGAGGCAGUGACUGGGGCAAGGUCACCCAGUAAGCUUCAUGGCUGAGUAGCGAUUUGAACUUGGGUCUGCCAGGUCCAAAUCUGCCUCUAACGACUACAACACAUUGGCUUUUAAAUGUUGACACCACAUUGUACCGUUGUUGUUUUACUAUAGUGGUCUGAGAGGCAGGAUAUUAUUUUCAGUGUGUUUAUAUGCAAAAUGGUGAUGGCUGUGAUACUGGACCAUUGCAGAAAAGCAGUUUAUGGUUGAAAGGCAUUUGAUGGUUGUUAUAAAGAAUUUGAUUUUGGUUUAUUCCAGCAAUGCAUCAAGCUGUUUUGUCUUUAUUUUUUGUAAUAAAUUUUGUUUUACAUCCACUUGAAAGACAAAUGUUAAAUGCAUGAGGUUGUAUCCAACUUAGUGCUAAGUCAGGGUCCCAGCAACGCAAGGAUCUCCUCCGGACAUGUCCACUAAAUCUGUUGUAGGGUUCCCCAAGCUGUCCAGAGCAGAUUUGGAGAGAGUGCUGGGAGUACACUCAGAUGUGGAGAAUAGAGAAGGCCCUGGUUGCACUAGCGGUCAUCUUGCACUGAUGGAACCAGUCAAUUGAAUACUGCCAUUCUUUUUAAUUAAACCAGAACUGUCACUAGAAGCUAAAAUGAUGAAACUGAGGUUAUCAUACUUUGGACACAUCAUGAGAAGACAGUAUUCACUAGAAAAGACAAUAAUGUUGGGAAAAACAGAAGGGAGUAGAAAAAGAGGAAGGCCAAACAAGAGAUGGAUUGAUUCCAUCAAGGAAGCCACAGACCUGAACUUACAAGAUCUGAGCAGGGUGGUUCAUGACAGAUGCUCUUGGAGGUCGCUGAUUCAUAGGGUCGCCAUAAGUCGCAGUCGACUUGAAGGCACAUAACAGCAGCAACAACAAACGCUCCUGUUUUCUGUUUUUGUUGCUGGGGUUAAUUUUCCUUUUGGUUUUCCCUAUUUGUUGAUUAUUUGUCAUAUGUUGUGUUAGGCUGUGUUUCAUCACAAGAGCUCCUUGUCUGAUUUCUUUUUCAUUUUUUCUUUCUGCUUGUGUUUUGGCCCUGGAUAUAUGCACACUGUUGUUCCCUGUAGCCUUUUGCACAUUUAGGGGUCCCCCCCAUUGCUGAGUACCUGGGAUCCAGCUGAAAUGGAGGUUCCCUGAAAGGGAGGCUUGGUCAGACAGGCAGAGUGCUUGGAGUUACGACAGCAGCUUUAAUAGUCUUCACUUUAGUGGUGUGUGAACAUGGCAGUGGCCUCAGGGUUUAUAUGACUGUUCAAAAUGUGUUCGAUCAAUAACUCACAGUGGGAAUGGUUUCCUUGUUGAUAUUAUUCUCUUGCUUAAACUGAGAAAUUUUCCGCUUGGCUCUAGCAAGGUGCACUAGGAAGAGUCUCCUCUUUUGAUAACAGGAAUAACUCUAGAUUUGACACACACACACACACACACACACACACACACACACACACACACACAUUUUCACUCUCUCUCUCUCUCUCUCUCUCCUGCUUUCUGGAAUCAAUUCUCACACAAACGCUCUGUGAUAAAGUUGAAAAGCAAGCUUGAAAAUUGUUUCCAAUAUGUUGGUAGGGAUGGAAAGAUCUGUCAAUUUCAGUUCUCUCAGUUUCUCA